AUGGCCAAGGGCAGGAAACACGCGUACGGCCGUCCAAAGCCCUCUCUUACCAUUCCACGCCAAAAGUCCGUGUCCCGGUCCCCCUCAGCCAGCCCCAGCCCCACCUCCGCGUCCCCGCUCACCCCACGCACUCCGGCUGACGAGGGCAUCGAGUAUUUCCAGAGCCACCCUAGGCCAGGUGACGCCCCUGUCCCCGUCUACGAGCUCUGUCUCGAUCCAGAUGGCGGUCCCAGCAACGCCCUUUCCUACAUUCGUCUACCCCCAGCGUACACGCCCUACAUCUUGCGCGUAUCCAUUCAGGCAGGCACUCCAGCCGCCAAGAACGGCGUCUUCAAGACCAACUUUCCUCUAGAUGGUGGUGCCUUUGCCCGGGACCGAUAUGCGAAGCGAAAGCUGCCCCAGGAGUUUUCGAAGCCGAUCAAGGUCGAUCUGCCCAUCUCUCAUGCAGGAGCGUUUAUCUAUUGGGUCGAGUAUGACGGCGAUGACGGCAAACGCGUCAAGGGCCGCGAGGGUUAUUUUAACAUUGAUCCCGUCCUCACUAUCAAGGCCCGCACCCCCGUGCUAGACAAGGCGUCUUUGAGCGUCCUUCCGCCCGGUCAAGGAGCUGUAUUGCAGGACAAGACUGUGCAUCUGCCGCUCAAUGGCUUAUCCAUCCUGACGGUGGUGUCCAAAUGGAUGGGCCCAAUAGACGAGUGGAAAAAGUCAUUUGCAGAGGCCAAGGACCGCGGGUAUACGAUGCUGCACUACACGCCGUUGCAGGAGAGGGGGGAGAGUGAUAGUCCAUACUCGAUCCGGAAUCAGCACAAGUACGACGCGAGUCUGUUUGGGAAAGCGUUAUCCGAGGAGGAGGGCAGGAAGAGGGUGGAGGAGAUCCUCAAGGUUGCUCGGGAGGACUAUGGGCUGCUUAGUUUAACUGAUGUUGUGCUCAACCAUACCGCCAACGAUAGCCCCUGGCUCGCUGAGCAUCCAGAAGCUGGGUUCAGUCCCGCUAACACGCCUCAUCUUGCUCCGGCUUUGGAAUUGGAUACUGCUAUUCUCGAUUUCUCUGGUUCCCUCGAACAAAAGGGAAUCCCCACCACAAUCUCUUCAGAGGGCGAUAUCAACGCCAUUCUCGGCGAGUUUGAAAAGACUGUCAAGGACCUCAAUCUUUGGCAAUAUUAUGUUUUGGAUGUGGUCCGUGAAAAGGCGUCAGUUACCGCGGCCCUUUCGUCGGGAAAAGUCGAGGCGUGGUCAGGCCCCGACAUCAAAGGAAAAAAUGUUGCAGAGCUUGCCGAGAUUUUCAAGGGCGCAAACAAAAUCAAAGGGCUGGGGGCGUUCGCGUCGAGGUUUGGGGUCGGUGUGGACGGCGCGACUGCCGCUGGCUUCACGCAGGCUGCCUUUGCGGAUAUCAAGGACACGGGCGCGUUGGCCGACGCGUGGGGCAAAAUUGUUGACGUCAUUAAUGUACCCCUAUACAGGGAAUGGGAGGAAGAUACCAAAAUCGCGAUUGAUCAUGUCAGAAAUCGUGUCAAGUACACCCGGCUGGAUGAACAUGGCCCUAAACUGGGAAGGAUCACUAGAGAAAACCCUCUGGUAGAACCUUACUUUACCCGCCUCUCCCCAAAGCCAAACGCGGACCCUCUCGUUUACUCUCUCGCCAACAAUGGAUGGAUCUGGAACGCAGACCCUCUGCAAAACUUUGCCUUGCUACCAUCUAAGGCCUACCUACGCCGUGAAGUCAUAGUAUGGGGAGAUUGUGUCAAGCUUCGAUAUGGAUCCCAACCCUCUGACAACCCCUGGCUCUGGUCCCAUAUGACUUCCUAUGUCACCUCUCUAGCUCAAACAUUUGACGGGUUCAGGAUAGACAACUGUCAUUCCACACCGCUGGAAGUCGGAACGCGGAUGCUGGACGCUGCGCGCGUCGCGCGUCCGGAUCUGUAUGUGUGCGCUGAGCUUUUUACAGGAAGCGAGGACAUGGACCUUGUGUUUGUGCGUGAACUAGGCAUCAAUAGUCUGAUUCGGGAGAGCGGGAAUGGAUGGGAUCCCAAGGAGCUGUCGCGGCUUUUGUAUAGGCAUGGAGUUGGCAAGCCAAUUGGUUCCAUGGAUGGUGCAUGCAUGCAAAGCAAAGAGGAAAUCGCGAGUCCGACGGGAAAAGGCCCUAUUCGAACAGCCGUCGUCAUCCCGCUCAACGGUUCACAACCGCAUGCUCUGCUAUACGAUCUCACACACGACAAUGAGUCGCCAUUGGAUAAACGCUCGGCGGAAGACGCGCUUUCAACGGGGGCGUUGGUUGCGUUUAGCUAUUGCGCCGUGGGGAGUGUAAAGGGCUUUGAUGAUUUGUAUCCCAAAUUGCUUAACCUCGUCAAGGAGAAACGCAAGUACGAGCUUACUGGUGUAUGUGAGAAGAGUGGAAUUGCCAAAGUGAAGAGGGUUUUGAACGAGUUACAUCUGGAGAUGGUGUUGAAUGGAUACGAAGAGGGUCAUGUCCAUCAGGAGAAUGAUUAUAUUGUUCUCCACAGAGUCCAGCCUGUAACGCAAAAGGGGUACUUACUUGUAGCCCACACAGCCUUUUCAAAGGGCUGGAAAGGUCGUGGCAACAUUGACCCAAUUAAAUUGCGCCGUACGAAAGCCAAAUUUAUUCUAGGAGCCAGUCUCAAUGUUUUGGAUGGUGCCAUUCCUGACGAUCCUAACCUUUUGAAGGGGCUUGCUUCCAAGUUAGAGGAGAUGGACCCUGUGGUUGUUCCUCAAGGUCUUGAUCAUGAAGGCCCGUACGCUGAAAUUGUCGUACCGGAAUACUUCCCGCCAGGGAGCAUCAUGGUCUUUGAAACUCAACUGCAGCAGCAUGAUUCCUCACUCGACGCAUUCUGUGCUUCUGGUGCUCAGGAGGCAUUUAGUGAAGUCGAUUUGGUGGAUUUGAACGUGAUUUUACACCGUGCAGAUGUUGAAGAGCGGGACGCGACUGCGGGUGUGUUUGGCACUUAUGAUGUCCCGGGUUUAGGAAAAUUGGUGUAUUGCGGGUUGGAAGGAGACCUCUUGUUGCACGAAGAAACCCUGCGUAUUGCUUCCAACCAGGGUGCAUCUUUUGAUACCCUUCGGCGACUUACUGCUGCUGUUAUAGACUGUCAACGGUCAAUCUCACAUACCAGAGACCUUCUCGCUUCCGCUGAAAGACAGUUGCGUUACCUACACGACCAGGCUGAUCGCGUUCGCGACCUACAAGAUUGUCUGGCUACUCUGUCUCGCCGCAUUGAUAAUCUGGCUUUUACCACCUCUCUUAGCCCUGCUAUUUUGUCUGGACUUCACGCCCGCCUUGACGAUAUUCUCAGCUCUCCUCUCUUCUCCAGGUCCUCUACCCCAGACAGCUUACCUGACCUUGAACCCUCCGAUUAG